UGGGUGGCUGCGCGCUGCUCCUGCGGCAGCGCCGGCCGUGCUCACCAGUACCUGCAGCUGCUGGCGUGGACUGGCAGGUAUGGCGAGCUCCGGCUGUGAGGACCACGCGGGCCAGGAGGGGGAGACGUUCCUGUAUUUCGCCUACGGCAGCAACCUACUGACCGAGAGGAUCCACCUGCGAAACCCCUCCGCCGUGUUCUGCUGCGUGGCGCGCCUGCAGGACUUUAAGCUCGACUUUGGCAAUUUCCAAGGCAAAACAAGUGAGAGGUGGCAUGGAGGUAUAGCUACCAUUUUUCAAAGUCCUGGCGACGAAGUGUGGGGAGUAGUGUGGAGAAUGAACAAAAGCAAUUUGAGUUCCCUGGAUGAGCAAGAAGGAGUUAAAAGUGGAGUAUAUGUUGUAAUAGAAAUUAAAGUGUCUACUCAGGAAGGGAAAGAAAUAACCUGUCGAAGUUACCUGAUGACGAAUUACGAGAGCGCUCCCCCAUCACCACAGUAUAAGAAGGUUAUCUGCAUGGGUGCGAAAGAAAACGGUUUGCCACUGGAGUAUCAAGAGAAGUUAAAAGCCAUAGAACCAAACGACUAUAAAGGGAAGAUCUCAGACGAAAUGGAAGAAAUCAUCAAAAAGGGGGAGUCAAAGCUGUAUGGAACAUAACAGGACCCAAGGGUAUUUCUGUGUGCUGGGAUGGAAUGUUUUUAGUGUUUGCAAGCAGGAACCUGGGACCUCCUGUUUGUGAUCUAUUGGUUUUCAACAGUUCUGUGAAGGGGCUUCUCACUUUGGUAGUUCCAUAUUUUCAACUGUACAAAAGAUUUGGAAUGGGGAUAAGAUUUCGGCAAUUAAAGGGGGCCAGGAGGUCCUGGAGUGU